CAAAUACACGCCCUUUCCUGGGGCGGGCUUUGUGCCUGUAUUUCUUCCUCGGACUGUAUUAUGCCCCCUCAGAAUCCAAGCAGCUGGAUAGCUCUGGGCUACAGUUUCCCAAAUGGCUCCGGCGAUUUUAACUGGCUUCCCUCCUCUCUGUGUGUGUCUCCUGCUGACUUCUGGCUUUGCCAUGGCAGGCAAGCUGCUGGUGGUACCCAUGGAUGGUAGCCACUGGUUUACCAUGCAGUUGGUGGUGAAGGAACUCAUCCACAGGGGGCAUGAGGUAGUUAUAAUCGUGCCAGAGGUGAGCUGGCAACUGGGGAAAUCCUCUAAUUUUACAGUGAAGACUUAUUCCACAGAUUACACUCUGGAGGAGCUGAAUCAGCACUUCAAGACUUUCUCUGACUUUCAAUGGAAAACUCGGCAACAAAAUUUACUUUCCAUGGUAAUGAGUCCAUCCAAUGACAUGUUUGGACAGCUUUUUUUACAUUGUAGGAAUUUGUUUAAAGACACAAAAUUAAUAGAGUACAUAAAGGAGAGUUCUUUUGAUGCAAUAUUUCUGGAUCCUUUUGAUAUGUGCGGCUUAAUUGUAGCCAAGUAUUUUUCACUCCCAUCGGUGGUCUUCACCAGGGGAGUAUUUUGUCAUUAUCUUGAAGAAGGAGCACAGUGCCCCAGUCCCCUUUCUUAUGUUCCUAGACUUUUCUUAGCGUUCUCGGAUGCCAUGACUUUCAGAGAGAGAGUGUGGAAUUACAUCUUCCACUUGGAGGAACAUUUAUUUUGUCCGCAUUUUUUAAAAAAUGCUAUAGAAGUUGCAUCUGAGAUUCUCCAAACGACUGUCACACCCUAUGAUCUCUACAGCCAAACAUCAAUUUGGUUGUUAAGAACUGACUUUGUUUUGGAAUAUCCCAGACCUGUGAUGCCCAACAUGGUCUUCAUCGGAGGCAUCAACUGCCAUGAGAGAAAGCCAUUGCCAAAGGAAUUUGAAGCCUAUGUUAAUGCUUCUGGAGAACAUGGAAUUGUGGUUUUCUCUUUGGGCUCCAUGGUCUCAGAGAUUCCCGAGAAGAAAGCUAUGGAAAUUGCUGAUGCCUUGGGCAAAAUACCUCAGACAGUCCUGUGGCGGUAUACUGGCACUCCACCACCAAAUCUUGCGAAGAAUACAAUACUUGUCAAGUGGCUGCCCCAAAAUGAUCUGCUUGGUCACCCGAAGACUCGUGCUUUUAUCACACAUUCUGGCUCCCAUGGCAUAUAUGAGGGGAUCUGCAACGGAGUUCCAAUGGUGAUGCUUCCCUUGUUUGGUGAUCAAAUGGACAAUGCAAAGCGCAUGGAGACCCGGGGGGCUGGAGUUACCUUGAACGUCCUGGAAAUGACUUCCGAAGAUUUAACAAAUGCCUUAAAAACUGUCAUCAGUGACAAAAGCUAUAAGGAGAACAUCAUGCAUCUGUCCAGGCUGCACAAGGACCGCCCCAUCGAGCCCCUGGACCUGGCUGUGUUCUGGGUGGAGUUCGUGAUGAGGCACAAGGGGGCCCCACACCUGCGCCCAGCAGCCCAUGAUCUCACCUGGUACCAGUACCACUCAUUGGACGUGAUCGGCUUCCUCCUGGCCAUUGUGCUGGGUGUUGUCUUCAUUGCUUAUAAAUGUUGCGCCUGGGGCUGCCGGAAGUGCUUUGGAAAGAAAGGACGAGUUAAGAAAUCUCACAAAUCCAAGGCACACUGAGAAGCGGGUGGGGAGUGAGAUGACCCGAAGCUGCAACCAGACACAAUGUUAAAUUCAUAUUCUGCUUAUUAAACAAAUGCUUAGCCCGGAGUGAGAUACUCCUGAGUGGUUUUUCAAAAUAAAAGCAAUCUAAUUGGUAGUCACACCUACAGGUAGAGAUCUUGAACGGUUUCUGCCCCCUUUAGUAUUUUCAAUCUGGACUACCCUUGUCCUCAUUCAAAUGACUUGCCAGAGGGUUGGACAGGUCCUUCCUGCAUUCAUGUUCUUACUUAGGAGUGAGGACUGUUUGGGGGGUACAGGUUUCAGAGGUUCCCACAUCCCCAACCUGCAACCCGGGAAGACGGUUCUAACAUUAUCGUUUGGCUUCUGGAAAUUUUGUGAAUGUUGCCAUCCUAACUUAAGGUCCUAACUUAAGCUUGUGCUUCGCAGAUGGCACUUGGCGUAUUUAAAGAAGGAUAUGUUUGUUUAUUCCCAGGGCAUAGGGCCUAGCACUUGAAAUAAAUGAAUGACCUGGGAUCUUUUGAGAACCCUGUCUGAUUUCUGACUUUAGGGGAAAGAAUGAUGUGUGAAAUUGAUGAAUGGUGUGUUCAAGAGGUUAAUCAAUGCUUGUGGCAAAUGGAUCUCAUUUGAGAAAAACCCGAAGCAGAGUGUCUCACAAGUGUAUUUUCUCUGAUGUUUUGAACAAUUUAAAAUGGUAAUAAAUUCUUAUAAAUUAUA